GGUGUUGUUUAUCGGCGGUGCAGCUGAGGUUGAGAAUCAGGAAAAGCGUGGGACGAUAGCCUUGGGCAGACCCUGGUGUUACUCAGACUACUCGGGCCGAUUUCCCGUAUGGAUUGGGGUCCUUUACCGUCAUGGCCCACUAUGACGUGUCCUCAAGGUUGUGUCACUACCGGUUAAACGUCCAUGUUUAUUAAUUCAGGAAGGAGUUGGAGAAUUCACGUCUGUAAACCGGCAGUGCACACUGGUCCCAAGACUCCGCUGCUGCCAGUUCAACUGAUCUCGGAGACUCGCCGAACACGUCCGUGCCUUGUUUACACUCACACGGCUCCAUUUCCUCGACUCACCACGACCAGAUACGUCUCUGUAAGUAGUCAUAUAGGUCAGAUACUUAAUCUACUUGCUUCGGACUCCCCAAUCGCCUUUGGAAGAAGUACCUGUGUCCCAAAGUUGUGUCCAGUACUCGACGGUGCAUGUUAGAGUGCCCCCCUGCCGAGGGAGCCAUUCAUUCAUGUCGCCUGCCAUUGUUUUUCACGAUGGCCAGCGGCAGGAGUGGCAGCAGAGGUCUACCCGACAGUAACUCGGAAUCAAACUUGGAAUCUCUGUGCAGUUCACGGAGGGAAAAACUACACAGGACCUGCUCCAACGGGGACAUGUUGGAUUCGGACUCGUCCAAAGGCAAAGUUAAAUUGGGGAACACCGGCAAGGCGUGGAAGAGUGUGGACGACUGCAGUUUUAGUGAGGUACAGUAUUUGGCAGUACCAGUGAGCAGGAGAAGAAGAAGCAGAACGCUAUCAGAAAUGGCAGAACCAAGACAGACAACUCCAUCAGCAAAUUGUAAUGCAGGAAUGACUCACGGGUUGGCCAUACCUGCAGAACACGAAAGGCUUGUACGUAAACUUUCUAAUGAAUCGGAUAAGGAUGCUGGCUAUGGCACCGACCCGGGAAGUCCAAGCCCUUGCAACUUUCUCAACAACAGCACCAAGAAUGUGCAAGAAAACGCUGUCCAAACCUGUGGUGAUGUAGAUGCAGACUUACAGAAUCACAUGUUAACAGACUUGAAUGAGUCAGUUUCAGAAGAACCGUUGAACAUGUCCCCCAACGAAAUUGUUAGAAAAUAUGUUGGCACCGACUACCUUGAUCCAACGACGCCACCAGCUACAGUGAGCUUGGAAAGAAACUUGACUUUGCAAGUUGAUGGAGUCAUUGUUAACAAUGACCAGACUCACGUUACUCCUGAAGUUAUCAUAAGUGACCACUGCAGUCCGGAUAAGGACAACUGUCGGGUCAUAAGUGAUGGGCCCAACUGGGGUGUACAUGUAGAUUUGAAUGAGGACGACAUUCCACCAGACUAUGUAUACAGGAGGAAGUCUUCGAACACCAGCACCACAUCCUCACAGUUCGACGACACAGAAGAUGACCUGAGUGACAUAGAACUAACGUUUCCACAACAUGACGUUCCCCAGAAAAACAAGUCCCUUCAACAAUGGAGAAAGAUUCGAAACAUGGUCCACUGGUCGCCGUUCCUUCAGUGCUUUAAGAAGAAGUACCCCUGGGUGCAGCUGGCAGGACAUGCAGGCAACUUCAAGGCUGGAGAGGGAGGCACCAUCUUGAAGAAACACUGCAAUCGAGAGGCCAAGUGUCUGAAGAAGCUGAUGGGGGACCUGCUGAGAUCCUAUGUCCCAGAAUACAAGGGAGAUGUGGAGAGGGACGGAGAAAAAUUCAUGGAGAUGGAAGACCUUUUGGGAGACUUUGACACACCUGCUGUCAUGGACUGUAAGAUGGGCAUCAGGACCUACCUAGAGGAUGAACUAGUCAAGGCCAGAAGCAACCCCAAGCUGAGAAAAGACAUGUACCAGAAGAUGAUUGAGAUCGACCCCACAGAGCCAACCAAGGAGGAGAACGCAGCGAAGGCUGUCACCAAACCUCGGUACAUGGUGUGGAGGGAGAGCAUCAGCUCCACAUCUACACAGGGCUUCAGGAUAGAAGGCAUCAAGGUUAGAUGGUCAGUCGAGCAGAGAUUACAGAUGACCAAAACAAAAGAUCAAGUGGCAGAAGCCUUCAAGUUCUUCACUGAUGGCAACCAGUCAUUACAGAAAAAGUAUGUCCAGAAGUUGAUGGCACUGAGAGCAACACUGGAGAAUUCUACAUUCUUCCAAACACACGAGGUGAUUGGCAGCUCACUGUUGUUUGUCCAUGACAAGGAAGGGAGCCAUGUGGGCGUGUCUCUGAUAGACUUUGGGAAGACAAUGUCAUUGCCGGAGGGACAGACCCUGGACCACCGGCUGCCAUGGAAGGAGGGCAACCGGGAAGACGGGUAUCUGUACGGCUUGGACAACAUGAUAGCUGUGUUCAACACUCUGGCAGAUUGUGAUGAACAAGACCUUGCAGAGGAGUUCUAGAGAGCAGAGGAUGGAUGUUCUCAUAGGGAUUUUGUACCACAGCCAGAGGCAAAGGGCAAAGAGAGCCAGCCUCAUGUACACACAAUGAACAGGACAUGGUUGUUACAGAGGGCUGGAUGUACAGUGAAUCACUACAACUUGCUGAUGAUGGACAGUUUCAGCAGGAGUUGUGCAGCCGUUGGGUAUUUUUACAGCUUUUUCUACAGGUCUCUAUACAGGCAAAAUGGUGUAACCAGGUUGGUAUGAUAGGCAAGGGGGGAUGUCAGGAAGUGGGGCUUAUAAUAAUAAUGAACUAUUUCAGUUACCUGGGGAUGUAUUGUUACUAGUACUGCCAUGACUCUAAGUCUAAAUAAUAACCCACCUGUUACAUUGAUGUUGCUGAUUGUGGCUGUCCUAGUGUGUGUAUAGUUGAAGCAACAGGAGCUGGCUCCUUCGCUGGCUCACUUCCCCUCCUUUGGUUAAAGGUUAUCUGCUGCAAGUGUGGAAAUCUGGCAUUUGAUAGUCCUGUAUUACCUGGAUUAGAUUAACUGUCAACUUAAUGGAGGUAAUAUCAAAUAAAUAUGAGUUCCACUCUGUUACUGUUACAUGUACAUAAAUGUACCCUUUGCUGGUAGUCAUUAAUAUAUUAAUAUAUAUCUUGAUUAUAACUCUGGAUAAUUUUGGAAAGUGCAAGGGGCCAUUAUAUACCAUAACAUUAUGAUAUUCUAGGUUCAAAGAUUUACCCAAGUAAAAUUGUAGAUUACAGCCAGUAUUGGAUUCAGAAAUGAUAAGGCAUCUACUUAAACAACCACAAUAUGUUUUUGUAUCUGAGGAUAGUGAUGUCGGUAGUUUUUUUGUAGGGUUAAUCAGUAACUUGGUUGUGCUUUUGUUAAUCAGAAAAUGUCUAGGAUCAUCUUAAUGUAAAAUGUGUAAAAACAUGGCAAUAGUGAUAUAUUCAUUAGUGUUUCAGUAUGUCAAUUUGAGUUGUAUUUCACGUAUAAACAAGUACAACACUGUGUCAAUGUCAGUUGGCCAUGUUAUUGAAGCCAUAAGCUUUGUUGAAAAACUGAGACUUGCAACAACUGUACUCCACACGAGUGCACUUGAAAUGGCCGUCUUCAGUUUCUGCUGUCAUUAAUAUUAGUCUGUUUUUGUUUGCAGCUGUGUACUUGAAUCUGUUCUAUCCCUUUCUCAGUAACGAAAUUUUUUCGGCUGGCUAAAAAUCCUGUAAUCUGUAAAGAUACUCUGAGUUGACAUAUUCCCCAUUAGCUUUUGAUGUAAACACCUGCUCUAAAU